UCGAUUAUCAGUUUAGUGCACACAUCUUCAUGUGUCAUCGUUGAGCGGAAAGGGGGAGUCGUGUGAUAGUUAUGGCAAGUCAGUUUUUAUGUGUUGGCACUGGGCUGCUAGCAUCAAAGCUAAGAAUCUAGACUCAUCUAAGUUGUUAAAGGCAAACGUUGAUUAUGUUAACACACACUGCAACACAUGUAUGUGAAGGAGCAUGCCACCGACAUCUUAAAAGUUUAAAGCCUGAUUUGAGAGUCUAACGAUGCCUUUGCUUUAAAUAUCGAGUAGCCCAAUCAGAGUGUCAACAGAUCUGACAGUGUAUAUUAUAUGAAGAAUUGUGUGCAACGCUGGUUCAACGUAAACUUGAAGGCUUUUGAGAGGAGACUGACAGAGUAUGUGUCUUGUUUGCAGCCGGCUACUGGCCGCUGGCGUAUGAUUCUGAUUGUGGUGUCUGUGUGCACAGCAACAGGAGCCUGGAAUUGGCUGAUAGAUCCAGACACUCAGAAAGUUUCUUUCUUCUCAUCAUUAUGGAAUCAUCCGUUUUUCACUAUCAGCUGUGUAACUCUCAUUGGCCUGUUCUUUGCAGGAAUACACAAAAGAGUUGUCGCGCCAUCAAUUAUUGCAGCACGCUGCCGGACAGUACUAGCAGAAUAUAACAUGUCCUGUGAUGAUACAGGGAAACUUAUCCUGAAGCCACGGCCUCAUAUCCAAUAGCACCUUGAAGAAAGAGGGUAGAGAGUAUUAUAUAUCAUAAUAAUCACCAAGAUUGCACAUGGGCCUCAAUGCCAGGAGAUUAUCCAUAGUGUGAGGGAGU